AUCUGUUAUUGAUAUUAGUUAUGUUUAGCUUGGACAAUCGAUUUUCUUAGAUUAUGAAAGUCGAAAGUUGAUGAUUAAUAAACGAUAAGUGAAAAUGAAAAUAAUGCAAAUAUAUUUGGAUGAAUUGAAAUUCGUAAACUAUCUUUCAAACAUAAUAAUACAUUAAUCUUAUAGUAAUUCAUGUGUAACUAAUUUUUUGAUUAAGCUAUUCGUUUGCAUUCUAUAUAUUUGUUCUAGUAAAUAAAUGUUCAACUUGCGCUAUUAGGUUAUAUACGUAAGAUGUAUAUUUUAGAAAGAAGAUUAAGUUUAUUUAUGCUAGUACUAGCUUCGAUAAUAAGUGUAUUCGGACAGACUGACGAAUGUGCUGUACAAAUAAAAUCUGAGGAUAAUCUCUCUGAUAAUGAUGUAACUGCUAUUCAAGAAGUUUUAGAACCAACGACGAAUGUAUCAUUAGAAAAUAGUUCUGUACCUAGUACAACAAAAGUAAAUUGUUUAACCGACAAGACUUAUGGACCGGUGGAAUUAGUCAACGCAACAAGAUUUAUGGAAUUGCUGAUCUUAGAACCUGGACCGUCAAACCGAACUAGAAAUGACAAGGAUGGUAGACAACAACCAGGAACAUGCGUAUUAGUUUUGUUUUAUGCAAGAUGGUGUGUUUUCAGUAGUCAAGCAGCACCACAUUUCAAUGCAUUACCAAGAUCAUUUCCUCACAUAAAAUGUAUAGCUAUAGAUGCAAUAAGACAUCAAAGCUUUAAUGCACAAUAUGGAAUAGUAGGAGUACCAACAUUGAUGCUAGUACAUAAUGGAAAACCUGUAGCUAAAUUUAAUAGCACUGUUUACACUCUGGAGUUAUUUGCAAAAUUUAUUACACAUCUUACAAUGUUUCAAACAAGUGGUUCUUUAUUUGUUACAUCUGCAGAUUUUAGUGGUCCAGUACCUAGCACACCUUCCAAUGAAACCGAUUAUUGUUUAGUACUAUCUUGGGUUUUUAUUGCUGCAUGUACUUUAUAUUUCACAUCAAAAAGCAGAUGGUGGCAACAGUUCAUUGAAUUAGUUCAAAAUACAUGGCGAGAAAGUAACGCACAGCACGAGCAUGUAGAUUAAAUUUUUUGUAAAUAAAAUAAAUAUGUUCAUCCAACUAAAAAA